GAGGAGGGCAGUGUUGCGGAGGGCAAAUGCACUCAUGUUUCCGUCAACAAACAGGACCUUCAGCACGUUCGUGGUCGUGUAGUUUCAUAACAUCAGGACGCUCAAGCAUUUCUUCUCAGUCAUCUCUCAGUGAGUCGUGUGGGACUCUUGUUAGUCCGAGAAAUGACCCACAUGAAACAGAUCUUUACCAAAAGAUCCCGCAUGAAAGCCGGACGACUGCUCGGUGAAGCUUUCAUCUCCCAUAGGAGUUUCCAUGCUGAAAUAGUAAGACUUGAAUCCAAAGGACUUCCCAUAAUUCAUCACAGGAAGUAUGUCUGUGACCUCCCGCCUAACCACAGGUUCCCCAUGGGAAAGUUCCCCCGAGUGUUACAGUGUUUACUCAAAGAUCAGGUCAUUAAAGAGACUCAGGUCUGGGUCCCUGAAAUGGCCUCUAAAGACUUACUCAGCUGUGUGCACACUGAGGAAUACUUGAACAACUUCAUAAAUGGGAAAACAAAUGAGCAGGAACAGAAGAGGACAGGUUUCCCCUGGAGUGAAGGCAUAGUGAGACGCUGUCGAUAUGAAACAGGUGGGACCGUGCUCGCUGCUGAAGUGGCACUGCAGAGGGGUUUGGCCUGCAGCACAGCAGGAGGAACCCAUCAUGCUUUCCCGAGCUUUGGCUCAGGGUUUUGUCUUAUUAAUGACCUAGCAGUUGCUGCUCAACACCUGAUGGGCAACUCCUUGCCCAAAAGGAAGGUUCUUAUUGUGGAUUUAGAUGUGCAUCAGGGUGACGGCACUGCUUUCAUUUUUAAAGAAGAGCCCAGUGUUUUUACAUUCUCAGUGCAUUGUGGGAAAAACUUCCCCCUUCGUAAACAACAGAGUGAUUUAGAUGUCCACUUGGAAGAUGGGCUGGAAGACAAUGACUACCUCUCUACAGUCGAAGCACACCUCCCCAGGCUGCUUGAGAUUUUUCGCCCAGACCUGGUCCUGUAUGACGCAGGUGUCGACCCUCAUCACGAAGACGAACUUGGGAGGCUCCGUCUGACCGACCAAGGGCUGUAUCAGAGAGAUCUGUACGUGUUGAAGACCGUGGUGAGCCGAGGUGUUCCUGUUGCUACUGUUAUCGGGGGAGGUUACUCCAGAGACAUCGACAAACUGGCUGCUAGACACUCCAUCGUCCACAGGGCAGCAACUCAGGUUUGGAGGGAAUGUGGAAUGUAAAACCUGGAUUCGAUGGCUCAAAAGGACCUUCUGAGUAAACUGGCACUUGAUCGUCAGGAGCCUGUGCCACUGUUGAUAUUAUUGAAGGAAUAAAUGGUGCUUAAUUUCUAAGCUGUAUAUUAAAGUGCUAUAAAUCCAA